AUGGAAGGUCGAGAAGCAAUGGCAUUCCCAGGAGCACACCCUUCUCCUUUCUACUUUGCAAGAGGAGCUUUCACUUCAAUCCCCGCUUCUCAAUCCGCGAGUGCCCUCCACGCGCCGCCAGGCUUUAGGCCAAUGUCGAACCCUAACUUGCACCAGCAGCCGCCGCCGCCGCAGCACACUUUUCCUAAUUCCGGCCAUCCGUUCCCUCCCUUCGGGGAGCAGAGGCAUCAUCAGGAUUUCAGCCAUGGGAUUCACAUGGGCAUGGCUUCUUCUUCUCCGGCUAUGCAGCCGCCGGUAGCUGCGGCGGAGCCGGUGGUUAAGAAGAAGCGUGGAAGGCCGAGGAAGUAUGUGCCUGAUAACAAGAUUGAUCUCGGGCUAUCUCCGAUGUCUUCUUCUCACAAGCCUAAGAACUCUUCUUCAAUGUCUGAUCCUAAUGCACCUAAACGAGCUAGAGGUCGGCCACCAGGAACUGGGAGAAAGCAGCGUCUCGCUGAUCUCGACACACCCACUUUGGUUAAAGCAAACUGUCUGAUUCCAUGUUGCUGUUAUGUGAAUUCGGAUCCAGAAAGCGUUAUAACAGAGCUAUUUUGGGGUUUGGGAUUGAGGAUUGAGAAUGUGGACAUCGUUUCAAAAGUCCUGUCCUUCUCACUACAAAGGCCAAGAGCCCUUUGUAUAAUGUCAGGAACCGGAACGGCUUCUUCGGUGACGCUAUGUCAGACCGGAUCCUCAGUGCCUAAUCUGUCUUUUCAGGGGCCAUUUGAGAUACUAAGCUUAGGAGGAUCUUACCUGGUGAAUGAAGAAGGUGGGUCUAAAAGCCGAACAGGUGGUAUUAGUGUCUCUCUCUGUCGCUCCACUGGUGAACUUGUUGGUGGCGGAGUCGGAACGCUUAUUGCAGCCAGUCUCGUUCAGGUUGUGGCGUGUAGUUUUGUAUACGGAAGUGCAAAGGUUAAAGCAAUCAAGCAAGAAAACGGCUCAAAGGAAGACAAGAAGAGCAGAAACAACAGCAACGUGGAGACACCGAAGAGCGAACCGCCGCCUCCGCCUCCGCCACCGGCAACAGAAUCAGAAGCUGAAGCGGCUCAGACGCCACCAGACUUCUCUAGUCCAGGAUGGUCAGGAUCUGGUGGUGGCAACAGAUCAAUUGACUCGAGAAACCAUAACCAUCUCACUGAUAUUGACUUGACACGAGGAUGA